AUGGAGACCAUUAAGCAGGCGGAAAUUGAGGCCAUUAGAAAUAAGAAGAAGUUGAUGGGGAAGGAUGGCAAGGAAAAGAAUCAAGAUUAUCUUCCAUACACAUACCUAAUGGGCGAGUCUGUGGAUAUGUGGACCCGGUCACAUGAUGGUGGGAGACGUUUUGGGGCAAUGACAACCAAUAUAUCAGAGUGCUUCAAUGGUGUAUUGAAAGGUGCACGGGGCCUUCCUAUUGCCGCGUUGGUUGAGUUCACUUGGAACAAACUUGUCAGUUAUUUCCACGACCGUCGUAAAGAAUACCUUAUUGAGUUCUCAGAGGGUAAGAAAUGGAGUAAAUAUGCCUUCUCCAAGUGGGAUGAGAAUAAGAGUAAAUCUGAGAAACAUUAUCUCAAGCCAUUUAGCAAUGAGAAGCUGAUAUUUCAAAUAGUUACCCAACUUAACACGUGUAGUGCAGGAGGGGGAAACCACAGUUAUGAAGUUCGAUUACAGGAAAGAACAUGCAGUUGUGGGAAAUGGCAAAACAUAGGGAUCCCGUGUUCACAUGCAAUUAGAGUAUGUGACUAUUUAAAUAUUGAUUCGACCACAUAUAUUCACCCGUGUUAUGGUUUGAACAAUGCCAUUAACACUUAUGAGCAUGCAUUUGUGGUUCCUAAGUCGCAAUCAUUGUGGAGGGAUCCCAUAGGGCCAAAGUGGUUGCCUAAUCCAGCAUUGUUGCGGGCCAAAGGUCGACCAGUGAAGUCGAGAAUAAGGAAUGAGAUGGAUGGAGUGAGGAAUAAGGAUCGAGAACCGGGAUGGCGGAGGGAGGAUGCAGAUUUGAUAGAGAGUCAGCCCAAGCAGACAUGUGGACUGUGUCAUGCUUCCGGGCAUAACCGCAAAAAAUGUCCGCAGUCCCGUGGCGCUUCCACAAGCGGUCAUGUUCCACACUAG